AUGGGUCACAUUCCAAACUUUACCAAUAAUUGUUUCCUUGCUGCUUCUAUUCCAGGUCUUACCUUAUUUGCUAAUAUCGGUAUCAUUCUUUUCUUAUUCAUUAUUGGUUUAGAAGUUGAUAUCACAUUCAUAAAACGUAAUUUGAAAGUAUCUUUAACAGUUGGUUUAAUCAUUAUGGCAAUUCCAUUUGCAUUAGGUUGUGGUAUUGCUAAGGGGAUUUAUAAAACCUAUGUGGAAGAUGUUCCUGAAACCACACCUAUCAAAUUCACUACCUAUAUGGUUUUCAUUGCUGUUGCCAUGGGUAUCACUGCUCUUCCAGUUUUGGCACGUAUCUUAACUGAACUUAAUUUGAUUGGGGAUAGAGUCGGUACUAUCGUAUUGGCUGCUGGUAUCAUGAAUGAUUUAACGGGAUGGAUCUUAUUAGCAUUAGUUGACAUUUUAGCUAAUGCUUCAGAUGGGGUUAAUACUGUGUAUAUCUUAUUAUUAACCUUAGGAUGGUUCUUAGUAUUAUGUUAUCCUAUCAGGUUGACCUUAACAUAUGUGUUAAAGAGAUACACUAAUGACUUAUCGACCGGUGAACCAUCUCAAACUCUGAUGAUGAUAAUUUUAGUAUUAGUAUUUGUAUCAGCUUUCUAUACCGAUAUCAUUGGAGUUCAUCCUAUUUCUGGAGCCUUCAUGGCUGGGGUUAUUAUACCAAGAGAUAAUGGAUAA